GGAUUACCGCCCCAUCCCCGAGCUGGACGUCUACGAAGCAGAGGGCCUGGCCCUGGACGAUGAGGACGUGGAGGAGCUGACAGCCAGCCAGCGGGAAGCCGCCGAGCGGGUCAUGAGGCAGCGAGACCGGGAGCUGGAGCAGGGCAUGGGCCGCAUGAGGAGGGGGCUGCUCUACGAUAGUGAUGAUGAAGAGGAAGAUCGCCCCUCGCGCAAGAGGCGCCUGGCGGAGCGCGCUGCCGAUGGCAUGGAAGAGGAGGAUGAAGACAUGAUUGAGAGCAUUGAGAACCUGGAGGACAUGAAAGGGCACUCGGUGAGGGAGUGGGUUUCCAUGGCAGCUCCCCGGCUCGAGAUCUACCACCGCUUCAAGAACUUCCUGAAGACCCACGUGGAUGACCACGGGCACAACGUCUUCAAGGAGAGGAUCAGCGACAUGUGCAAAGAGAACAGAGAGAGUCUGGUGGUGAACUACGAGGACCUGGCAGCCCAGGAGCAUGUCCUCGCCUACUUUCUGCCUGAGGCCCCAGCAGAAAUGCUGAAGAUCUUUGAUGAAGCAGCCAGGGAAGUGGUGCUGGCCAUGUACCCCAAGUACGACCGGAUUGCCCAGGAGAUCCAUGUCCGCAUCUCCCACCUCCCUCUGGUGGAGGAGCUGCGGUCGCUCAGGCAACUGCACUUGAAUCAGUUGAUCCGGACCAGUGGGGUGGUGACAAGUUCCACGGGGGUCCUGCCUCAGCUCAGCAUGGUCAAAUACAACUGCACCAAGUGCAGCUUCAUCCUGGGACCCUUCUUCCAGUCCCAGAACCAGGAGGUGAAACCUGGUUCCUGUCCAGAAUGUCAGUCCCUUGGCCCCUUUGAAAUCAACAUGGAAGAGACGGUCUAUCAGAACUACCAGCGCAUCAAGAUCCAGGAGAGCCCAGGCAAGGUGGCUGCGGGCCGGCUGCCCCGUGCCAAGGACGCCAUCCUCCUCGCCGACCUGGUGGACAGCUGCAGGCCAGGGGAUGAGAUUGAGCUGACAGGGAUCUACCACAACAACUAUGACGGCUCCUUGAACACUGCCAAUGGGUUCCCAGUGUUUGCCACUGUGAUCCUGGCCAACCACAUCGCCAAGAAGGACAACAAGCUGGUGACUGGAGAGCUGACUGAUGAGGAUGUGAAAGUGAUCAUGGGGUUGUCCAAGGAUGAGCAAAUAGGGGAGAAGAUCUUUGCCAGCAUUGCCCCAUCUAUUUAUGGGCAUGAAGAUAUCAAGAGGGGCCUGGCUUUAGCUCUCUUCGGUGGAGAGCCCAAAAACCCAGGCGGCAAACACAAAGUCCGUGGUGACAUCAACAUGCUUCUGUGUGGAGACCCCGGUACAGCCAAAUCCCAGUUCCUGAAGUACAUAGAGAAGGCUUCCAGCAGAGCCAUCUUCACCACUGGCCAGGGCGCUUCUGCUGUGGGUCUCACAGCCUAUGUCCAGAGGCACCCCGUCAGCAAGGAGUGGACUUUGGAGGCAGGAGCCCUGGUGCUGGCUGACAGAGGUGUCUGCCUCAUCGAUGAGUUUGACAAGAUGAACGAUCAGGAUAGGACCAGCAUCCACGAAGCCAUGGAACAGCAAAGCAUUUCCAUCUCCAAAGCAGGCAUUGUCACAUCCUUGCAAGCCCGCUGCACUGUUAUUGCUGCUGCCAAUCCCAUCGGUGGGCGAUACGACCCAUCACUGACUUUCUCAGAGAACGUGGACCUGUCCGAGCCCAUCAUCUCUCGCUUUGACAUCCUGUGUGUGGUGAGAGACACGGUGGAUCCUGUGCAGGAUGAAAUGCUUGCCCGGUUCGUGGUUGGCAGCCACGUCAAGCACCACCCAGGUAACAAGGAGGGAGUGAAUGGGGACGCCAGUGAGGUCAAUCUUCCCAACACAUACGGGGUUGAACCCAUUCCCCAGGAGAUCCUGAGGAAAUAUAUCAUCUAUGCCAAAGAGAAGGUCCACCCCAAACUAAACCAGAUGGACCAGGACAAGGUGGCCCGGAUGUACAGUGACCUCAGGAAAGAGUCUAUGGCAACGGGCAGCAUCCCCAUCACGGUGCGUCACAUCGAGUCCAUGAUCCGCAUGGCGGAGGCUCACGCCCGCAUGCACCUGCGGGACUACGUGGUGGAGGACGAUGUGAACAUGGCCAUCAGGGUGAUGCUGGAGAGCUUCAUCGACACGCAGAAGUUCAGCGUCACGCGCAGCAUGCGCAAGACCUUCUCCCGCUACCUCUCAUUCAAGAAAGACAACAACGAGCUGCUGCUCUUCAUCCUGAAGCAGCUGGUUGCAGAGCAAGUGAUGUACCAGAGAAACCGAUACGGCGCCCAGCAGGACACCAUAGAAGUACCAGAGAAGGACCUGGUGGAUAAGGCUCGGCAGAUCAACAUCCACAACCUCGCAGCCUUCUUUGACAGCGAAGUGUUCAGGAUGAACAGGUUCAGCCGGGAUGUGAAGCGGAAGCUCAUUGUCCAGCAGUUCUGAGGCUGGCACCGAGUCCACCCCGUGCUCCUGGCGACGAGACCUCACUCCUGCAGCCCUCCCAGGAACACUGCAGAGAUCCAGAGGGACUGCGCUGCACAUUCUCUCGCUUGCUUUGUGCCUUGUGGAUUAAGGCAGUGCUGAGCUGCUGAAGACCUUGUAAACAGAACAGAAUUAGGUAGUUAAAUGCCCAGCCAAGUCUGUUUAGCAGCUUGGUUCACUGUUUUGCCUUGUAGCUAAGCACAACAGGGAGAGGAUUGCUGGCCACCUAGAUGGCAUGUUUGCUGUUGAUUUGUUGCUAGUUGUUACGGGCUCGUCUGCAGGAGGGACCAAGUGGGAGCAUUCAGAAAGCAUUUGUCUGCCUUAUCCACCCCCCUGGAUUGGAAGCAAUCUCAGGGAUUCUCUUUUCCCAUCUCUGGUGACUGCACAGCCUGCUGGGUGAUAACUGAGACUGCUUUCAGCUUCAGGAACCAGCCAGCCUCCAGCUCCAGGUCUUUGUGUCUUACACUUGACAUUUCCCAAGGUGCCCACAUGGGUUGACCUUCUGCUUGGUUUCUGCAAGGAGGGGGGUAAAGAAAGAUAAGAACUGAAAUAAAACUAUUUCUAAUAUUGAUGGCGAUCUGAAUGGGCAAUGAGAGCUCCUUCAGCACAUGCUGAGGAUGUCCAGAAGCCUUAGGAAGGGGCUUUCCCUGCCUCACGGGGUGUUACCUCUGUGCAGCUGUCAGCAGAUGUGAAUUUACAGCUGGAUCGAAGUGCUGGCACCUGAACUGAACACCAUCAUCCCUGUUUGUUGAGGGUGAAGUACCCCUGGUGCUGCUGUGGGGAGGAGCAGUGGAGGAGCCCUGGGCUGGAGCUGUUCAAGGCAGGCAGGAUGGGCUCAGUGUUCGUAUGCAAUUUUCUUACCAUGUGUGUUUUGAAUACAUUUGUUUCUCAAUA